AUGCCCGAGAGUGUCAAGAGGACCGCACUGUGGCGCAAGAUAACCUCCGUCUCUCGCUACUUCGCCUACCGAGGAUAUAGAUUCCCGGCUAUGCAAUACUGGUCUCCCUCGUUGGGGGUGAUUGUGCUAGGAGUAGUCGGUGCUGUUUUUUUCUUCGCAAUGACACUUGGACCUAAGCCUUAUUACUGGCCGACGGAUGCCAGCUACGGAGGUAGCCCGCCUAUUGCGACUCGAGCUGGCUGGAUGGCCCUUGCCUUGUUGCCUUUUGUACUAGCCUUGAGCGCCAAAGCGAAUAUGAUUUCUGCCUUGACUGGUGUUCCACAUGAGAAGCUCCAGGUGUUCCACCACUGGGUCAGCUAUGCCAUGUUCGUUCUGGCCUUGAUCCACACAUUUCCCUUCAUUGUCUACAACAUCUCGCAAGGUGAUAUGGUUAAUGAGUGGAAGACAAGCUUAGUCUACUGGACUGGAAUUGGUGCUAUCAUUCCGCAGGCAUAUCUGACCAUCAUGUCUUUACCUUCCAUCAGAAACCGUUUCUAUGAGUUCUUCAAGGCAACCCACAUUAUCGCAGCUGUGGUGUUUGUUGUCUUCUUUUUCCUCCACUGCGACUUCCGUCUUUCCUCUUGGGACUACUUCGUCGCCACCGGCACAAUCUACCUUCUCUGUCUCUUCACCGCACAAACUCGCACCUAUCUCAUGCAUGGCCUUCACAACGCAAUGCUCGAGCGCCUCCCCAGCGGUCUUGUCCGUGUGGUCGUACCAACCAUCAUCAAAUGGACUCCCGGCCAACACUUCUUCAUCCGCUUCCUCACACCAGACCUACAUCUUCUCACAGCACACCCAUUCACCAUAUCCUCUGCCUGCAACGACCCAGAUGCAACAGGCAAGGCAUCGGAGUUGGUCUUCUACAUCAAGCCGCACGGCGGCGUCACCGCCCGUCUUGCAGCCCUCGCAGAACAACGACCCGGCGGAUCCAAGAGGAUACUCCUGGAAGGGCCGUACGGCGGCGUAAGCGCGCCUCACAUGGCUCGCUUUGACAUCAUCCUUGUCAUCGCCGGGGGCUCGGGCGGUGGGUUUUCGCUCGCCAUGGUCGACGAGGCGCUCCGUCUAAACAGCCUAUCCGACUGCAGCAGCACCAACAAGCUGGACUGCGAAAAUGAAUGUCGCCGCCGGAACCUGCAGGUCGUCUAUGCGACACGCGACACUGCCAUGGCAGACUGGUACGUCGAAGAGAUCGAGUCGCGCCUCUCCCAUUCGACUACACUAUCCACUACGGCAGACAACGGCUUCGACACAUCAGUCUCCGUGCAUAUCACCUCAAACCGCACCUCGGCCCUCUCACAGGCCUCCUCGAGCGCAUCCGUCUCUACGUCGAGCCCCGACACUCCCUCUACCACCGCAGGGGAUGAGAAAGAAAAGGGAACGUCCGGCAAAGAUGGAAUCGAAACUACGACGACAGGCUCUUUUAGUCUGAAUGUCAGCCGCAAUGCCCAUCCGUACAUCCCCGAUCUUAUAGAGCGCACCAUUGCCUCCGCGCGCGAACAGCGCUGUCCUGGAGGUCGGAAACCGCGCAUUGGCGUGGUGGUUUGUGGGCCGGCGUCUAUGCUGCAUGAUACCCGGAACGCCGCGGCGGCGGCGCAGAAGAGCGUCCUGGCUGGCGAGGUGGAGGAGCUAUAUUUGCAUUCGGAGCCUUUUGCGUGGUGA